GGUGACGGUGGUGGACCAAUCAACGCCCAGGAUUUGAACCAGUGCUGCGAACACGUCUGUGGCGGUGCUCAGUGUUGGUGCUGGAGGACUGUUCUGCCUCGACUAUUUGAACGCCGCCUGCCUCACACCACCAUGCCGCACAAGAUCUAUUACUCUGACAAAUACUAUGAUGACAAAUACGAGUACAGACACGUAAUGUUGCCAAAGGACCUGUCCAAGCUAGUUCCCAAGACCCACCUGAUGACAGAGAGCGAGUGGCGGAGCCUGGGUGUUCAGCAGAGUCAAGGAUGGGUGCACUACAUGAUCCACGAACCAGAACCACACAUUUUGUUGUUCCGGAGACCCAUCAACCCACCGCCCAAGAUAGACGAGGAUAACGACGACAACUAGUAUGCUGCCACUCAAGUCUCACUCCAGGGCACACUUGUGUCUAGGAGUCUAUGUUUUAGUAUCCUUCACCUCUUCUGUCUCAUCUCUCUCUCUCUCUCAACACAACACAACACGACACAUAGCCAGCCAGGGUGUGUACCAUUCCUGCCUGAUUAUAUUAUAGACCUGUACAUAUAGCCCUAAGAUAGGCUGGUGGGUGGAGCCGAUGCUGUCUGGAUACUAUACCAUUCUAAUAAUGUUCAUACGGUGCUUAGGUAAUGUGUUAUUUUUCUUAACGUUUUGGAGAUCCAUUCUAUGUUGUGAUUCUUUAUUACCCUUCAUGUACUUUUCUUUGAUUCAGUCUUGAUUGUUUGCAGUGGAAAUAUAUACUAUUUUCUCUAACUA